AUGGCAGUCGUUGCCUUCGUAAUGUACGGGAUCGCUGCCAGCCAUCUUGCCAUCACGUUCUUUCAACUACUCGAAGCGAUUGCGCGAACACCCAACGCAGAUGACCCAGGCUUACCGGUGAAUGCUGCCCAGAUAUACAUCGAAGGCGCGAAUUAUCUCAUCGGAGAUUCCGUCGUUAUAUGGAGAGUAUGGGGGGUGUGGGGAUGUAAUUGGCGAAUGUGCGUUCUGCCAUCUUUGCUGCUCGCUGGGUCAAUAGUUGCCGUGUUCGGAGGCGCGCAUCAACAGUCAAUCACUCCUACUGGCGUCUCCGCUGUGGACGUCGAGGUUGGGAGAUGGGGAACGGCUUUUGGCGUGCUCACUCUUGCCACGAAUUUGUGUUGUACUAUCCUCAUCGGCAUCCGAGCCUGGUCACUCUCGCGACUCACUGGAGCAGUGAACAUCCACACGACGAGCUCUCGAAUACUUCUUCUACUGGUGGAAACGGGUGCCCUCUAUAGCGCAACGUGGAUCGUAACACUCGUUUUAUUCGUGACGGGCUCCACUGCUUACGAAGUUGUGACUAGCUGCUUGCCCCAGUUCACCCCCAUGUAUCCCAGCUUGCUGCUUCUCGUGGUUCAUCGGGUAUACAGAGACCCCUCCUCCGGUUCCGUGGGAUCCUCCACCCUCGUACCGCGAUCUUCGAGGAUAAGUUUCGCCGCGAGACGCCGCCAAUCGAUCUCGGUAGAUGUGGAUGAACACGAGAUGCAACCCGUAGUGAUGGACAUCACCGGCGUACAAUCUCCGAAGGAUCUUGAGGACAAGCCAUAG